AUGCAGUAUUUACAAGACAUGGGCCAAGCUGUUACCGCUGCUCUUGCGAAUUUCGGUAUCGAUGCAAGUUAUGAGGUUCGAGGUGACAACAAGACAGAGCCAUCUGCUGAGGAGAAGUCAAAAGCGGCAGCAGGAGAACAAGGGCAACGUUCAGAGACUGAAACAAACAAGGAGAAUGUUGAAACAGCAGCCAGUGAAGCGCAACCAACCGCUCCGCCUACUACACCUGCACCGCCUGCAACACCUGCAGCACCUGAAUUUGGCAGCCUUGAAAAUGCAGAGGCCGAGUACUGUCAAGCUGUGGAGCAGGCCCAAGAGGUCAAGGAGGUCAGCGAGGACCAUCAUGAAAAGGCUGAAGAUGGCCAAAGUCAUCUUGUGAAGGCACCCAGCGAGAAAUUUCGCCAUCUCGAGGAAGCUGAAGAGGAGUAUUGUAAAGCCGUAGGAAAGGAGUCGAACGAAGAGAAGGAGGUCAACACAGUGAAGGGGAUAAACCUACCCAAUGAAGCGAUAGGUUUGCAGAGAGACUGCAGAUGUUUCGUUUCUCGUGUGGGUCGUUGGCAAUGUCCUGCAUGUUGCAAAAAGGCGGGAAGAACAGCGAGAAGGCCGGGCGGAGAUUUUCAGCAUGGAAGACCUGGCCUAGUGGUGAAGCCAAGAAGACGUCGCCUACAAAUCUCCAGGGCUCUGACAAAUCCAGCAGUGAAUCUAGCGAGGACUCCGACUUCGAAACACUGUCUCAUGAAAGCUUCCAGGAUUGCUCCGACAGAGCUUCUCCGCAUGCGAAAGUCAGAAAACUAUCGUUGA